UAAUGCUUGAUAAUCUUGAAUUUGAGUAAGUCAAGGAUGGUUCUGUGAGUAUGUUGAAUGCCUAGGUUAAAUAGACUUCAAGUUGUGCUACAACCAUUUUUGAUGAUAUUGUUGACUUAAUUGAAGCCAAUCAGGCUAAUGUAAACUCAGAUAUGUUUCAACUGGUGAUGCUUCUUUGGAAUUGUUGGAAGGAAGGAUUUUACCAGAUAUUGAAUAUUGACCAAUAUCAAAGAUUUAAUGAUAUAUGA